AUGACAUCGCCGGCAUAUAGCCAUCACUUCUCCAUCAACAAUCUCCCCUUUGGAGUUGCAUCCUCAUCGCAGCAUCCUCAACCGCAAUGCGUCACUCGCCUCGGCAACACCGUCAUCUUCCUCGGAGACCUGCAGCGAGCUGGUCUGUUCCGCGAGGUCACCAGUCUCCCAAGAGGAGUAUUCGACAACCGCACUCUGAACGCCUUCGCAGCCCUCGAUAAGCAAGUCCACAAGCAUGUCCGACAAGCGCUGCAAUCUGCCUUGCAAGAUUCCGGAGUCAAGAAACUGCCGAUAGGAAGUACGGAACCGAUCACUGCCGUCCGGAUGCAUCUUCCCGUCUCAAUCCCAGCAUUUACCGACUUCUCUUGCAGCCUCAAUCACGUCAAAAACGCAGGCAGGGCAAUCCUGAACGACGACACCCCGCCACCGGGUUUCUUCCACUUCCCCAUCGGCUACGGCGGCCGCGCAAGCACAAUCGUCCCCUCAGGGACCCCCAUUACCCGACCCCUAGGCCACUUCUAUGAUCGAUCCGCAGGGAUCGAGAAAAAGACCGUGGCCUACGGGCCCUCACAGGCAAUGGACUACGAGCUCGAGAUCGGUGUUGUAGUCGGUACGCCGGUGCCAGCGCACCGCGGUCUAGACGCCACAGACGCAGACGAGCAUAUCUUCGGGCUGGUGCUUCUGAACGAUUGGAGCGCCCGUGACAUCCAAGGCCUUGAAAUGGUUCCUCUGGGCCCCCUCAACGGCAAAGCCUUUGGAACCACCAUCUCCCCCUGGAUCGUAACUCUGGACGCGCUGGAGCCAUUCAAGGCCCCCGGUCCUGAACCCCACGUCUCGCUGCCAAGGCACCUCCAGGACACUGUGGACUUUACCUAUGCCAUCAGUUUGAAGGUCGAGCUUGAGCAUGGCGCGUCCUCGACGCUGCUGAGCACGUCGGGUGCCCAGGAUCUGUUCUGGAGUCAUCGGCAGAUGUGUGCGCAUCUCGCCAGCACGGGGUGUGACUUGCAGACCGGAGACAUCCUGGGCACGGGCACGGUGAGUGGACCCGCUGAAGGGAGUUAUGGAUGUUUGCUUGAGAUCACGCAGGGUGGGAAGGUGCCUGUGGCGUUAUCGGAUGGGUCAUCGCGACGUUUCUUGCAGGAUGGGGAUGUGGUGAAGAUGUCGGCGGUAGCUGGGGACGAGUCGUCGGGCGUCGGAUUUGGUGAGUGUGUUGGUGAAUUGAAGCCAGCAAGGGCGUCCUAG